AUGGUUGCUAUUUCAAUGGUUCAAACGACUCCUUUUAAUGACCAGAAGCCUGGCACAUCUGGUCUACGCAAGCGAGUGCGGAUUUUCCAGCAGCCCAAGUACACAGAAAACUUUGUACAAGCCAUUAUGACUACCAUUGAGCCUACUUUGGGAACUACUCUUGUUGUUGGUGGUGAUGGUCGCUAUUUUUCUGCCGAGGCCAUUCAAGCCAUCAUUCGCGUGGCUGCUGGUAACAAGGUUUCCAAACUGAUUAUUGCUCAAAACGGCAUUCUGUCAACCCCAGCUGCAUCCAAUUUAAUCAGAAAAUUAAAAGCAACCGGAGGCAUUUUAUUAACAGCAUCGCACAAUCCUGGUGGUCCCGAAAAUGAUUUUGGAAUCAAAUACAACAUUGGGAAUGGUGGACCUGCUCCCGAGGCAAUCACUAACAAGAUUUACGAAGUUUCAAAAAGCCUUGCUCAUUUUUCAGUUGGAGAUAUCCCCGAGAUUGAUCUUUCAAUUAUCAAGACUCAUGUUUUUGGCACUUUCACUGUUCAAGUUGUUGAUGCAGUCGAUGACUAUGUUGCUCUUGUCAAGGAAAUUUAUGAUUUUGAUUCCAUCCGCAGCUUUUUCAAACAAUCGUCUUUCAAGUUUUUGUUUGAUGCAAUGCAUGGCGUGACGGGGCCGUAUAUAAAACGCAUUUUUGUCGACGAACUUAAGCUUUCAGAGAGCUCCACCAUGAACUGCACUCCCAAGAUGGACUUUGGUGGCGGCCAUCCUGAUCCAAACUUGACGUACGCUCACGAACUCGUUGAACGCGUUGAAAAAGAACACUUUGAUUUUGGUGCUGCUUUCGAUGGUGAUGGUGAUCGUAACAUGAUUAUUGGAAAAGGAACGUUUGUAAACCCUUCGGACUCUGUUGCCGUCAUUGCCGCCAAUGCCGAGACUAUUCCUUACUUUAAAAAGUCGGGUGUCCAUGGUCUUGCUCGUAGCAUGCCUACUAGUGGCGCCAUUGAUAGAGUUGCCCGUAAGAAGGGGUAUCAAAUAUUUGAAGUGCCUACUGGCUGGAAGUUUUUUGGAAACUUGAUGGACUCUGGAAAGCUAUCGAUUUGUGGCGAGGAAAGCUUUGGAACUGGAUCUGACCACAUUCGUGAAAAGGACGGAAUAUGGGCUGUUCUUGCCUGGUUGUCCAUUUUAGCCGAGGCAAACAAGACAAAGCCCGGCUCUUCACUUCAAGAUAUUUUGAAUACUCACUACUCUGAAUAUGGACGUAACUAUUUUUCCAGAUACGAUUACGAAGAAGUUGACAGUGAGGAUGCCAACAAGGUCAUGGCCCACUUAUCUGCCUAUAUCAACGGUAAAAGCACCAGCCUUGUUGGAAAAACUUUGAAUGGGUUUACCGUCACUGCUAUGGAUGACUUUACGUACACCGAUCCCAUCGAUGGCAGCGUGACUUCUAAACAGGGGAUUCGUGUGAUUUUUGAGGAUGGAUCUAGAAUUAUUUUCCGUCUUUCUGGCACUGGCUCUCAAGGCGCUACAAUUCGUCUUUAUGUUGAAAAAUACUCGGUGUCUGAUUUCCAUGUGCCUGCUCAAGAUGCCAUCAAGGAGCUAAUCAAGACUGCUUUGGAGAUAUCUAAACUUGUCGAAUUUACCAAGCGUGAAUCGCCAACUGUCAUCACAUGAAAGCUUUUGAACCUGGCAUCAUUGCAUAGUUGUCAGAUGCUCCAAAGACUGUUGGUACCCUUUAAAAGAAAGUGUCCAGCCACGUUGAAUGAACUCUGUCAUGUUAUUGACUGCCUAUUUAAAACACAGCUAUUUUAUCAGU